AUAAUAAACUAUAUACAGCAGUUUUAUGUGAAGUGUGAACAAAGAUUUGUUAAAACUUAGCUACCUUGAAACUAUCACUUGUAACCAAUAACCAUUCUUGAAUCUACCUCUUUUUUAACCCUUCUCAAAAAGAGACAGUGAUUUCAAUAUGCAAGUUGAAAGAAUAAUUAAUAGUCUUGGAGACAUACUUUUUGGCAUUUAGCAAAGAACAAAACUUUCAGAUCAGAUAAAGUUUGAAUCUUUUUUUUUUUUUUCAGACAAAGUUUACUUCAUUGCCAUUUGAGGGAAACAGAAGUAGUCAAAGUUAAGUUAGGAAGAAAUCUCUAAAACUCCAUGGGAAAAACAAGUCCAAGAGAUUCCCAUUUGCUUGGAAAUUGACUUUUCCAAGACAUUUUUGUACUAGAAUCUUGAAAAAACCCAAUCUUGAACUCGUUAUUUUGGGAUCCCAUUUUGCAAAUUUUGGGGAGUAAUGGGGGAAGAAGCCAAACUUCAAAUUAUUCAUAGUGAGGAGGAGGAAGUGCAAGAAAGUGAGCAUAAUAAUGGGAUAUGUAGUUCUAUUUGUGCUCCAGUUAACUGGUUCAGAAUGCUUGCUAAGGAAUUGCAUUGGAGUUUUGUGUUUGGUGUGGUAAUUGUAUAUGGUAUAAGCCAAGGACUUGGUGGAGCUUUUUCCCUCAUAAGCACAGAGUACUAUAUGAAGGAUAUUCAAAAAGUUCAGCCUUCUGAAUCUCAGGUUUAUUCAGGGAUAACUUCAAUUCCUUGGAUUGUCAAGCCUCUAUGGGGUCUUCUCACUGAUGCUGUUCCCAUUUUGGGGUAUCGUCGCAGGCCAUAUUUCUUGUUUGCGGGUUCUCUUGGAGUUGUCUCCAUGCUGUUCUUAUCGUUGCACAAGAACUUGCAUAUUGUGCUUGCACUGCUCUCCUUGACGGCAGGAAGUGCUGCGGUUGCUAUUGCUGACGUGACUGUUGAUGCAUGUGUGGCGCAAAAUAGCGGUUCUCAUCCUUCCCUUGCAGCUGAUAUGCAAAGCUUAUGUGCCUCGAGUUCCUCAAUUGGGGCACUAGUGGGAUUUUCUUUAAGUGGUAUAUUAGUUCACUUACUUGGCCCUAUGGGGGUAUAUGGCUUAUUGUCCAUACCAGCGGGGCUUAUCAUUUUGGUAGGAGUUUUACUCAAGGAACCUCAGACACACAACUUUGCUUAUCAACAGGUAAACCAGAACUUAACUGAUGCUGCCAAGGCUAUGUGGAAUACUUUGAAAUGCCCAGAAGUUUGGCGGCCAUGUCUUUAUAUGUACUUGUCCUUUGCGCUGAGUGUAGAUAUCCAGGAAGGAAUGUUUUACUGGGCAACAGAUUCAAAGGGAGGACCACAUUUUUCAAAGGAGAGUAUCGGAUAUAUUUCAGCGGUAGCUUCCAUUGGGGCGCUAUUGGGUGCUAUACUAUACCAAUAUGGAUUGAAAGACCAUUCUUUUCGAGACCUGCUCUUUUGGACUCAGUUACUAUUUGGUCUGUCAGGAAUGCUAGAUUUGGUGCUGGUGUUGCGUUUAAAUUUGAAAUUUGGUAUACCCGAUUAUUUCUUCAUGGUGAUAGAUGCAAGUGUAUUUCAAAUGGUUGGACGACUAAAGUGGAUGCCGCUUCUUGUUCUAAGUUCCAAGCUCUGCCCUCCUGGCAUUGAAGGCACCUUUUUCGCCUUGCUCAUGUCCAUUGACAAUUUUGGACUUCUUACAUCAAGAGGGGGAGGUGGAUUGUUGCUUCAUGUCUUCAAAAUUACAAGGACUAAGUUUCAUAAUCUCUGGCUAGCCAUUUUGAUAAGGAACAUUUUGAGAAUUACUCCACUUUUUGUACUAUUUUUGGUUCCCAGAAGUGAUCCUAACUCCUCAAUCCUUCCUGAUGAAGUGUCGGAUUCAAAAGAAACGACUGAAACCUCAGCAACUCAGAAUGAAAAAAUCGAACUUGUCGCUCUGGUUCACAACAUGGAUAGAUAGGGAGUCAUACAUGUUCUUCAGCUAAUCUUACAGAAAUAGUUACCGGGUACAAAUUUUAGACACAGCCCAUUAUAAUUUUUUUGGUUUAGUUUAGAUGGUAAAGUUGUUGGAUAGAAGAUUCAUUUUUCUCUGUAUUUUUACGAGUUUUUGUCACAUUGACAGCAAGCAUGUGACAACAGAAAUUACACUGUCUGUAAACUUGUAAGGCACUUGCUUCUUAUGGAUUAUAUAAGAAUAAUGUGAUCCACACACAUUUAGCUUGACGCUUUUUAUCA